AAAGAUGUGUUCUUGAUGAAUUGCAUUUUGUAUGAUGAAUAUUACUUAGUUGUGGGAAUAAAACUAUAUUAAAUAUUGUUCUUAUAUAUAUAUACAUAGAUUAAUGUACAUAAUUUCUAGUUUAAACUUAUUGUACAACUCUAUCCGAUACUAUGAGUUUAUGAGCAGAUGCAGCUCAUUGAUGAAUACUCAAGUAGAAAUAUGAAUUUGAGUAUAUUUCAUUGACGAUCAUGUGAUGCUAAAAAUGUAAUAGCUUAUAAAAUUUACCAAAAUUUUUUUUAUUUAAUUAUAUUUAAAUACUGUGCUUCAUAAUAUUUAUCACGGAACAUGUAUAUUUCAUUUUACGUGUGUCUUUUUAUUACCAACGUUGACUAUCUGUUGAGAAGAAGAGAAAAAUUGAAUUUUUCUGAAGCACGUUGCAUGUUACACGUUACAUAUAUGUGUAUCUAUACGUGUAUAGGCAGACACGUUGUGUACAUUUUCAAAUAGCAUCAUAACGAUCACAUGCUUGAUAAAAAAUAUUUAUUGUUUACAAAUAUACCUUAGCUGGAAAAAAUGGACAACGUUAGAAUUAAAUUAUGAAUUUAUACUCAUUAUAGACUUAGAAACAAAUAUUAUGAUAUUGUUACCUUGAUUUAGCUUUGAUAAUUUUAUUAUGGUUUACAAAAUUAUUUAAUUGAGAGAUAGUUCUUAAUUGUUAAUAUCUGUUAAAAAUAUUACUCAUCGUUUUCAUUUCCUUUUAGACUAGUAGAUAGUAUGUAUGUAUGCAUUACGAAGAAAUUGAUAUUGUUUUAGCUAAUUUUUGUAAGCAUAGUUUAAAGAAUUUCAACUAUUUUUUUAUCUAUCUUAUAUAAAUACAACUUAAGAGAUUUAAUUGAUGAUUGAGUUAUAUGCACUAGUUAAUAAAGUUUUUAUUGUCUUUAUUCUAGAUAUGAAACGUACGUUGAAAUCCAAGUAUCAUGUUUCAUGUACUCAAAAUAAAAGCAGUAAAAAGCGUGGUAAAAUUAGUAUUCCUUUAAACGAAUUAAUCGCUGCUGUUUCACAUCUUGGCAAUAAAAUAUCUGAAUUGGAUGAAGAUAAAAAAUGGCGUUCAUGUAACUCAUUAUGGUCCCAAGUCGCAGCUGAUUUAGCUACUCGUUUACCAAUUCAUAAUGAUCUUCGUGUUCGAAAAUACAUUUACACUAUAUGGUAUCGUGAAUCCGCCAAGCUUCGAUCUCAUUUUACUAAAAAUCCAUUACCACCACCAACAAAAAAAGCUAUUGUUAAAGAACUUUCAUGCAUACCAAGCUUGACAAAAGUCCGUACACGAUCAAAAGAAUCCAACUCAGCAGGUACAAACGGUAACACCAUUGAACAUCAACAACAUUUAAUUGAAUUUACUUAUGAAGAAUGGCGUAAUAUUUACAAGAAAGAAGUUAAAUCUCAUGAUAUGGAUUCAUCAUGGACCGAUGUAUUCUAUGAUAAAUUAGUUGAUUCAAAAUUAAUUACCUGUAGUAUUGUUUUUACUUAUUCGAAACUUCGACAAUUAUAUACACGAAAAAUGAACUCUCCUUUAUUCAAAUGUAAUGCACAUUGUCCAAAUUCGAGUUGUCCAUUGACGUUAAAAAUUAAAAUGGUUCAACUUGCUUCACCUAAUCGAUCAGUCUUUUUUCGAGUGGAGAUUUUUGGUACUCCACGACAUGAUGAUCCAUUAGAAAUCAAUCAACGUCACGUGAAAGGUGAUAAACGAGCACAAAUGGCUAAAACAGCCAAGGAACAAGGAAUCUUGGCAACAUACGAGAAGAAUCUACUUAAUGCCAAUAGUGAACUUUUAAAAUGUAAUAAUUAUACAGAAGUACCUACUACACACGUGAUUACAACAGCUGUUAAACAACAAUCUGAUGAAAUGUGUCUUGAUAAAAAUAUAUUUGUUGAAUUGGAAAUGAUGUUAUUUUCCAUGAGGGAAUCAGACAAAGAUUCUCAUUUACAGAAUAAAGGUUUUAUACAAGUUUUUCAAAUAUGGCCUUUUCAAGUAAUAUUUUAUACUGAAGCACAAUUACUUCAAUAUAUUGAAUAUUGUUCAUCAACGAGAGAGUCAUGCAUCCACAUAGACGCAACCGGUUCGGUUGUUAAACAAAUACCUAAUCAACGAAAACCUUACCUAUAUUUAAUUUGUUUCAAAGAUGGUAAAGGUGCUUGCAAUUUGCUACCUCUUGCUGGGGCAUUAUUGGUCGAUCAUUCGGCUGCAUCUAUUGAAAAUUGGUUAAAUAUCGUUCGUCGAGGCGUUUCGGCUAUUAAGAAUGGUCGAUUUACUCGACCAUCAUGUAUAGUGAUCGAUUUUAGUCCUGCAUUAUUAAAUGCUGCAUUAUUAAGUAUAAAUAAUACAAGUAUUCAAUCAUACCUUCAAUGGUUUUGUUGUGCUCACGUCAUGAACGCGUUUGGGCGAUCAUUAUCCAAACUUAAACUGAAGAAACAUGUUCGCCGCAAAGCUAUGCAGGUGUUUAGCAUUUUAUUAAAUUGCAAUGAAAUGAAUCAAUGUUAUGACCUGAUCGGACUUAUCAUAUGGAUCUUCGGAUCCAAUGAACUUGAUACAACUGAACAAGUCCUCGAUCAAGUCAUCAAAGCUGGUGCUGAUUAUCUACCUGAAUUUGAAGAAUUCUUUGAAGAUGAUAGUAUCACCAAAGGUGACAAUUUAAUUGAACAAGAGUUGGCUGAAUUAGAUGAUAUUUUUUUAUCAUCACAGCCAAUUCUUCAUCAGUCAGCAUUUACGAAACUUGCUCGAGAACGUUCACCAAUAUUAUCUAAAAUUAUUGAUGAAUCAAAAGGAAAUAAAGAAAAAGAUAUUAAAAAUCCUUUAUUUUCUAAAGAAUUAGUUAAAAUAUUUUAUAAAUGGAUUGCUUACUUACCUAUUUUCACGGGAUUAAUGUAUCAAUUUCAAGAUCGGUAUGCAUCUGAUUCUACUUAUGAUGUACAUUCAAAAACAUUAUCAGGUGGUCGUGUUUCCAACGCACCAAUUGAAUCCUUUUUCAAGAUUUUGAAACACUCAAUUCUUCGACAGCAAACAAAUCUUCGACCAGGGGAAUUCCUAUUGAAAUUAUAUUCAACAACAAAUGCUCGACUUAAAGCCAACCAAUUGAACAUUCAACAAACUGGAUCAAAGAAACGUGGUCGACGAAAAAAACAGCAAGUUGAUCAAGUUGAUAGAACAUUACUUAUGGAGCAAUGGAAGAAGCAAGGAACUGAAAUAGCAAGUCGUGGUGUUUAUUUUUCUAAAUAUGUUGAACAAAAAUUAGUACCAGGUGAUAUUCGAAGUCGUCUGCGAGAGAAACUUCAAAUGAGACAAGAUCGAUUAGAUGAUGUUGAAGGUAGUGAUAAUAUGGCAUAUAUUUCAACGAUGGAUACACCAUUUGAAGAAUUUGCUGCGAAACCUGUGGAAAAUGUUGAAGUUGAAGAAAUUUCCGAACCUGUCGAAUAUAUUGAAGUUCAAGAUGUUUCGGAACCACUUCAAGAAUUAAAUGCAAAUACAAAUUCAAUACUACCUGUUAGUUUUCAUGAAGCCAAAGAACUUAAUUCAAGUACUACAACGACCAGUAGCAGCAGCUCACAAUCAAAAUUUAAUAAAGUAUAUGAAAAAGAUAUUAAUGUAAAUGAAUCUGCUCAAACAAUAUUACAACAAUCACACCAUACUUAUGAAAAUAAUAAACAAGUUAUUGAAUUUCGUUUACCAAAGAACUGGCCGACACAUACGACAAUUGGAAAUUUAAAAUUACAAUUUCCACAUUUUAAUAUUGGGCCAACUUUUAUCAGUAGUGAUCGUCAAUAUUCUGCCUCAAAUACCUGCUCAUUAGAUUCAUCUUUAUUUUUACUUUAUUAUAUUUAUAUGUCACAUUCUGACGAAUUUCGUUCUUUAUUCGAUUCCGAUAUUAAAGUUUGUGAUCGAUUACGAAAAACAUUCGAUCUCGUUGAAAGUAAAGGAUGGGAUCUUGCGAGAAUGUAUUGGAUUACUGCUAAUUCAAUCUAUUCAAAUCCAAAAGCUGGUUGUGCACAUAUUGAUUUAUAUGGAACUGCUGAUACAAAUGUCUUUCAAUAUUUAAGAGAGAUACAAAAGCAUGUUAUCGAAUCUACGUGCACGUGUUCAGAAUGUCCUAAGCCCAUCAGACAUUCACAUUCUGUCGAUAUAAGUCUGCCACAAGUUAGUGGUCGUAAUCGUCGUAUCAUUAAUUUAAUAAAUUUUUCUGAACACUUUACUACAAAUUGUGGUGCUACCAUUGGUCCUGAUGAACCAACAACGUACAAUGGUUCUUAUAUUCGAGAUGAUUUCUUUCCGGCAAAACAUGGUAAUGGUAUCACAACAAUGUUUGUAUGUAAUUCCAAUCGAAUUGCUAAACCCCAUCAAUUCGUUUAUAAAUCACCACCGAUCGUACUCCUGAAUGUUGGGAAAAGUGUAAUUACCAUCGAGAAAAACAAAACAGUAGCAACGAUGGUUAAGGAUUUACCAUUUGCACUUACUAUUGGAAAACAACGUUAUAAUCUAGCAGGAGCAAUUUGUCCACAAGCAAAUCAUUUUACUGCUACUAUUGUUUGUGCUAAAGGACGAUUUUCUAAAUAUGACGAUCUCAACAAAUUUGGCGUAAAAAACAAUAAAGGUGGCGAUGACGUUGCCGAAACAGCAAUUUAUGCUAUUGAAACGCAAGACAAUGACAACUAG